CUCACCAAGGGGUGGUGGGGGGAAGUCCGAGUGACGUCACAGGGUUGCAGAAAUCACUUUGAAUGACUGAAGUACCGCAGAAGUUUCCGUUGUCACCUCUUUAACCAGUCCUUGGCGUGCUUCGCCAUUCUGCGGAUGAUAGUUUCGCCUUCCCUCACUUUCUUUAUUGAGUUCGUGCGAGUGUAGGUCCUGUCAUGUUUCAAUCUACGAGAGGCCUGGCGACUCUCAGGAGCCCUCUGUUGAGGUUAUGUUCAUCUGAGUUGGACUUGUUUUUAAAUAAGACAGUAGCAAAUCCUGGUAGGAAAAAGUCGACAUGGGAUCUGCUUGUGUAUCGUUCUAUGGCUACCAUGCGCAGACCACUUCCAAGCCAAGGACCCCCACUUCAUGCUUAUUUCCUAUUGGCUAUUCCUGUAACUGCAUUUGCUCUUGGCUGCUGGCAAGUUAAGCGGAAGACUUGGAAAGAGGAGUUAAUUGAGCACAUGCAUCGAAGACUACACCGGAACCCCAUACCCUUGCCUCUUACAAUGGAGGAAAUUGAAAAACUUGACUACUGUCCUGUGGUUAUAACAGGACAUUUUGAUCAUUCAAGGGAGCUCUAUAUGGGCCCUCGAGCUCAGAUAAAUGUGGAAAACCAUAAGGGGGGUGAAGGUGGCGGUAUUUUCUCAACUUCAAAAGCAGGUUACAAUAUUAUAACUCCCUUUAAGCCAAACGAUCGAGACUAUUAUAUCCUAGUGAAUAGAGGCUGGGUACCUGCUGAUCGUAAAAACCCAGCCAACCGAGCUGAAGGUCAGAUUACAGGGGAAGUAACUCUAAAUGGAAUCAUUAGAUUGCCUGAAGCCAGAGAACCCUUCAUGGUAAAAAAUUCACCUGAGCGAAAUGUUUGGGUGUAUCGGGAUGUUGACAAAAUGGCUCAGAUAGCAGACACAGCUCCAAUUUUCAUAGAUGCAGGGGAGGAUUCAUGGAUUCCGGGUGGUCCUAUUGGUGGUCAGACUAACCUUUCUAUUCGAAAUGAACAUCUACAGUACAUAUUGACCUGGUUUUCUCUGAGUGCUAUUUGCACUUACAUGUGGUACAAUCAAUAUAUAGCUGCUCCAGGACUCAGGGGAAGGUUGAGAUAAGUGUGCCGAAAAUACACUAUUUCCUUGUAUCACAUUUUAACUCAUUUUAUUUCCCACCCAUACUCAUAUGUGUAGGUAGAACAAAUGCUCUUUUAAUUAAAAUAUCAUAUUUCUCUAGUCAAAAGAAACAUUGCAUGCAGAGAAAACAUUCACAAAUUUGCAACUUGAUAUGUAGUGUGAAUUUUUUCAUUAUUAGGCUGUGAUUAUCCCUCUCCUUCCUCUUAUACUCAUCUGUAUUUGGAUUUAUAAAGCCCUAUGAGGUGCACUCUCUUUUCUGAACUACUAUUGUAACUUUUAAUCUCAAGCAAGAAUUCUGUUUCUAUAUGUAUGUGUUCACAGUUUAAAGGAUCAUAAAACAUGUAA